AGAAGAAAAAAAGCUCACAAUCCCAGAGAACACAAGCAGUAAACGUGGUCUGAUUUCAGCCAUCACGUGGAAAGGGAUAUAAUUCACUGAAAAACUUGCUUUUAAAGGGUUCUCUUUGUCACCAAUAUCUCUGAAGUUCGACGGGGGUGUUAAUCUCUCAUACUGCCAUUCACGAGAAGAUACUUACAUCUUGAGUAAUUUGAAGUGUCGAGCAUUACUCAAAAACAUAUUCCAGCAAUGUUUCGUAAAUCCGAUUUAUAAUAGAUCUACAUAUACUCGGUGUGUUUUUUUUCCUCUUCGUUUUCUUCUUUGAUAAAGACAGUCAUGGAAAACAAAAAGAAUAAGUUCGUUUGGAUGAAAAAAUGUGUUCUCUGCCCCCAAAACUACGGACAGAAUAUGGACAAACAUAUGCAUAGUUAUGCUCACCAUCGGGCAGUUGAGCAACUAAAGGGCAGUGAACAGUUGCAUAACUGUCAGGCAUGUGAUGCAUCCGUGGUUGGACUAAAGCUAUACAAUAAGCAUAUUGCCACUCUUGAGCACAAACGUAAUCUGCGCAAACUCCAGCAGAGAAGAUGUGACAGAAAAGGUCUUCAAGUGGAUUACAAUAGUGAACUUAAUGAUCUUAAAGCCCUUUAUGACAAAAAAGAGAAAAAUUUUGUCUUGGAUACAAAUAGCCAUCCAUUUAGUGACAAACAAAAAGAUCUGGAGAGGUGUUUUGUCUGCUGUCAUCGUUUUCCUAAACAGGAAUUGGACAAACAUAUGCACAGUUUUAUCCAUCAUCAGGCAAUUGAGCAACUCAAGGGCAGUGAACAAGUGCAUAAAUGUUUGGCCUGUGAUAUGGUUGUGACAGAACUAUGGGAGUAUAAGAAGCAUAUUGCCACUCAUGGGCACAAAAAUAUGCUGUCAAAACUACAAAAGAGAACUUCUAGUGGAGAAAAUCCAGUGGACUACAGUGUUGAAUUUGAUGAUGAGUUUAAAGCCCGUUGCGCCAAAAGAGACAAAGAAAAAAUUCGGAAAAAGGAAGAGAGAAAACGGAAGUGGAAAGUAUCAAAAAUGGCAAAAUUUAAGAAUAACAUGAUGAGAACAAGCAGUGAGGACUUCACAACUGACCAUAUGCCACCAUCUUGCAACCUCAUCUCCUCUUGGGAAAAGUUAGAACAGAACAUUUCAUCAUCCAGACAGCUGAACUGCAAAUUGCCAAAAAGGAGACUAGAAGUCAUUCCUGAUAUGGAAGGUUCAAAUUGCCCCCUUGUGAAAAGACCUUAUGUUGAGGUUACAUUUGAGAAUCUGUCUCAAGAAAUGUCUGCUUGUACUACAUAUCCCUCUCUUAAUGGAAAUGUAUCCAAUGUGUGUACAGCUGAAAAUGGACUUUGUGCCUCUGCUGAGCCUACGUGUGCUCCUGAACUGGUCCAAGGAAAUGAGUGUAACAUUUCUACAAUGCUUGGGACAAAUUGUAAAUCAUUGGACAUUCAGGGUCAUAAAGACAAGCACGUCAAGCAAAAAGGAUGGCCAGUCAAACAAUCCAUGACCCAUCUUGGCCCUGAGAAUAAUAGAGGGGAGGCAUGUUCAAAUGAUGUCGUCUCUGCAUUAAAAAGCCAUAAACAAGUACAGCCAUAUUUGAAGUUACAAACUGUGGAUAUAUGCACAUUAGCAGAAGCUGAUGAAAAUGAGACCGUUCCUUCUGAAAAUAAACAAGCUUCUCCUGCUGUUCUAAGGUGCUCCUCAAGCCAGACAGAGAUCAUUAAGCCCAACUUGAGAACAGCAAGGGGGUUUUCUUCACUACAGUGGAGCAAGUGUCUUCAAACAUCCAAGAGCAACUUGGAACAGGGCAUUUUCAGAAAAAGCAUUCAUGUAAAAGAACCAUACGUUGCUCCUGUUCCAUCUAUAACUUCGCUGGCUGAGAUGUUUGAGAGCAGAACUUCAGAAACCUACAAUACAAAUGAUUGCCAAAUAUUAGAGAACUAUGAAGAAGUUCAGCCCCAUUAUACAUUGUGUGUUAAGAAUGACGCAGAACUGGAGAACCACAACACCUUUGGAACUGUCUCCAGCAAUCUCUGGCAAACCAAGAGGACAAAACGGGAUAUUUCAAAUAAUGCUCAUCGGAGUCUGAAGACAAAAAACGCGACCUCUAAAAAAAAGCAACUGGAUGAAUUAAUGACACUGUCUUUGAGAGAAGAGGAGCUGAAUAGCUCAUUUGAGAAUGUAGGUGAGCAGCUACUCCAGGCAUACUCCACCCUGCAGAAUGCCUACACAGAAGUUCAGCAUCUUCUAGCAGUUAAACAGCAGGUGUCCUCCGAUAUGGCGGUUCUCAGGACAAAGCGCAUAAAGAUCCUAAAAGACUUGAAGAAUACCAGCGAUUCUGACACUUCCGUUGGUGAUUGUUCCACUCACUCAGACCAGCAAGAGGCAUUAAAUGCCUCUUGACGACUUCGUGAACAUCAGAGGAAAGAUUUCUCUUGCAUGCCCACUGCAGCUGUGUCACAGGACUCACUUCCAGUAGUAACCAGCAUCUUGACUGUCCACGGCUUUCAAUUUCCAGCACAAAAUAUACCUCUGCAAGCUUGUCAUCUGAGAGCGUGGCCUACAUUGUAAAUCCAAUGAUACACCAAGAUGAGUGCAGUGCUCUACCUUAGAUUAACCAACACUUGCCGAGAAAUUUUUAAAUUUUCCGUUCAUAAAAACCUGUAGUUGUGCAUGGUUAUUAAGUCUCCAAUUAUUAGUUGUGCACCAAUUAUUGUUUUUCGUGGCCCAGGAAAAGACUGUAUAUUUACACAUUUUUGACAGUGGCACACCUUGUACUGUAGUAUACAACAGAUCAUUCCAUUGACACUGGAGCAGGGCUGUGUUUCCCAAAAGCAUCUUAAGCCUAAGCAGAUUGUAGAAACCUUUGGUGCCAAUGGUUUCUGUGAUCAACUUAAACUUGCAUUGCUUUUGGGAUAUGCAGCCCUGCUCAGUAAAUUCACAGAUGAGUAAGAUGCAUCUUUGUACUUUGAUCUUAAACAUUCUUAUGAACACUGGUACACAUUGAAUUAUGAACUGGGUUGAUCAAAUUCUGAAUAAAAGUAU